GGGCCACUCACUGUAACAACCGUCUGGCCACCGACUGCUCUAGUGCUCUCUCCCGUCAUUCGUCUGUCCGGUACCGUCUUGGCCGCGUCGUGCGAUCAACUCUCUCCGUCCGUGUGCUGUGCGCGCGUGUCCGUAAUAAAUAAUAAUAAUAAAAAACAGUGUGUGUGCAUGUGUGCGUCCGCGACCCGCGCGCGUUAUAUCAUUUCCCGCCAGUGAUUUCAUUUUAUUAUUGUUUGUCAUAAUUUUUUUUUUUUUUUCGUACCGUUUUUACAAUAAUAUUAUCAUCAUUACCAAUAUCGCACUGCGAUACUGGUCACCUCGCGUUCGCGUUUUUGACUUAUAACGACACGAUCGAGCGUAAACAAUUUUUUAAUACCACGCGACACACGUUCUUGUCAUAUGAACACAUAUAUUAUUUUUUUUCUAAACAAAUCAAUCGAUCUCGGUCUGGCAUUUAUUUUUUCAAUUUUUUUUCUCAAAUGCCGGUUGUGUGACGGUUUUUUAAUGCUCGCGGAACGCCGCAUGCGACCCCGUCGACAGUGCGUACCGCAGUCGAAUUUGUGAACAAACAGCGUGCAACGAAUGCUACUACGAUCGCGAGCACGACGUCGUAACAUGUUCAUAACCAUGACCAUGUAUUUGUUUCUCGGAUUGGAUGUGUUCGCCGUAGAUAGUAUGUCGGUGACCGCACAAAAAAUUUUUGAAGUUAUGGAUAGCGGCAGUGAUAAAAUAUUAUACCUGAUUGGCAAGAACACAAUUCAUUUUGGCUACUCAAUUGCUCUUGUUCUUUUAGCAUUAAUGUUUUUUAAAGUCGUCUGUCAAAAUAUAUUUUAUGAACCCGAUAAUCCGACCACGGUGGACGAACAAAGACACGAACAGCAACCGCAGGAGUCGACCACCGCCGCAACCAAACGAUUGAAAACCAAACAGCAGCAGAACACCAGCGCCAACAAAGACGACAACCCGGACACGGACGACUUGGUCAAUUCGAGUCCACCGAGUAGGAUUUCCAAGAAAUCGAAACCGUCAUCGGCGCCACCGUCGCCUGUAAAGAGUCGGAAAUCCGCCGCGGCCGCAGCCGCAGCGACUUCGGUCUCGGCUCCACCUGUAGAGCCAUCUGCAUCGGGCCAUGACAACUUUGCGAACGAUGUCGAAGUCCACCAUAACAACAACAACAACAACAAGGACGACGACGAAGACUGUAGCAACAAUGACGACGACGAGGACAAUAGUUAUCAGUACCAGUAUCAUAACCGGAACAAGAGGAACCGCCGUCCGUCGUCAUCGUCGUCCACUUCAUCGUCUUCUUCGUCGUCCACUUCGUCGUCUUCUUCGUCGUCGUCCGCCAAGAACGAAGCGGUCGUCGUCAAGCCGGAGCGUCAGUUGAACGGCGGUAGAAAGUCGUCGUCGCCGCCGCCUGCAGUGGUGCCGAAAGUUGGUGCCAACACCAUGCCCGGUAAAAAGAAACAGCAGCCGUCCCAAGAACCCGCGGCGACACGAAACGGAUUGCAAUCGGCGCAAGCGCAGGCGCGCUAUGAAAACUCGACCACGGUGGAUCAUAGAAUCGCUUCAAAAGAGAAGAACGUCAAGAGUUCGACGGCUGAACUGACCAAGAAGAAGGAUCAAUCAAGACUACGGAACAAAGAAAAUGUUACAUUUAUGGACUAUAAUGAGCAGAACAACAACUGCAGCAUCAUCCAGAACAAUAACAAAAACAAUGAUGGCAAUCUUGAAACCCCGACCAAGAAACUGGGAAAAAGGUUGCGGAAAAAGCUCAAUAAGAAUAAAGAAGAAGUGUUGGGCGAAACGAAGACCCCGAGGAUCACGACAGAUGAAAAAAAAUCGAUUAUCGUAGAAAAGGAGAACCAAACGCUAACGACGGAGAAGGAGAGGGUGCCACCACCGUCUCCAGCGCCGCAGCUAUCGUCCUUUAUCUCUAAGCCAGGGGAAACGUUUGAGGAGAGCAGGCGGAGCAAAUUGCACUGUAAUGACUAUCAACUCUGGAGCACGCUAAAUACAUACUACGUACUAAACAAGAAACAGCUGUAUGAUAACGGGUUUCCGUUACAGUCCACGAAGCCCGGGUAUGCGCAUUGCUACAGGCAGUACAUGCGAUCCAAGGCACUAAACCCUGUGGCCAAAGAGUUCUGCUUGGAUAUGCCAGAGGUAUCUUCGACGUCCCCCUCGUCCCCCUCAUCAGCUCCACAGAAGAUCGCUCGUCGCAAAGGUACUGGCGACGGAUGUCAGGUGCAAAAGCCGCAUCAACAACUGCAACGGUCGUCAAAUGAUCACGUUACGUGCGUUCGAUGCUCGUCGUACUACAAUGUGAAAGACGAGUACAAGUCCGCGAUGCCCGGCCGAUGCGUGUACCACUUUGGCAAGUACUUUAGCAAUAUGUACGAUUGCUGCGGUAAUGAAUGCAAGACGUCGCCGGGUUGCACCGUGGCCAAACAGCAUGUGUGGAACGGAUUCGUGGACGGGCAUAACGAGAUCGGAAAUUUCGUGCAUACGGACAAUGUGAACAGCUGGUCUGCAUUGUUCCCGUACUCGUCGUGUCCUAAAGAAGCCUCUUCGUUAAAAAUGGAGGAAGCAUCAUUGAAAUCAUUGGUAGGAAUCGGCCUUUACCGAGUUUUGGCCUUAGACUGUGAAAUGUGUUAUACCGAGUGUGGCCUGGAGUUGACCAAGGUGACGCUGGUGGACCUCUGCGGUACAGUCGUCUACGACACGUUGGUCAAGCCCAGCCGUCCGAUUGUCGAUUACAACACUCGGUUCAGUGGUAUCACCGCGGACCACUUCGCGCGCUAUCCAUCCAAGACGCUGAACCAGGUUCGGCGAGACCUGCUGCGGAACAUCCGGAAAGACACAAUACUCAUCGGCCAUGGACUGGGCACCGACCUAUUGGUGCUUCGCAUAAUCCAUUUAAUGGUGGUGGAUACGUCUUUGCUAUACCCGAGAGAGGAUUGCGUUAGCCCAACAUACUACCCAAAAAAGUAUUCACUGAAACAGCUGGCCUCGCGACUACUCGGCCGUGAAAUCCAACUGAAAAACGGCCACGACAGCAAGGAGGAUGCCCGGGCCGCCAUGGACCUGGUACUGUACUAUUUGACCCGUCAAUACAACGGAAUUUAGCAGUUGGUCGCCCUGCGCCCGACUGAGCGCAGCCCCCAACACCAACCAGUCUCAAUGCUGCACCCCGCUCCUCACUUUGUCGUUCCUAUUUAUAUUCAUGCAUAUUAUUAUUGUUGUUAUCAUAAUCGCGCAUGCGUACAUACAUAAUAUCAACUAUACAUUAUUACAACGUCGAGUAUUACAUUCAUUGUAUUUAAUAUGUUUCAAUAUAUGUGUAGGUACGCGUAUGUGCCGCGCGCGUGUAUAAUAAUAUCAUCAAGGUAAUGUGAUGUAAAAAUGUUUUUCCUAUUUUUAAAAAAAAAAAAAAAAAUAUUUUAUACGACUAUUUUUCACUUGACAUUGUGAUAAAUUGAUCGACGGAUGAUCCGGCAUGUAAAACGGUGAUCCCGCUCCGAUCUAUAAACUGACUGACUUAUUUGUUAAUAACCCCCCCCCCCCCCAACCUCAACUCUUUCCCCCAGCUUUUUUGUACUUAAAAUUAAUGAUUAUAAAAUAUGUUGUACAAAAAAUACAUGUUCUCUUAUAUAUAUUAACAUACAUAUAUAUAUAUGAAAAAAAAUAUAUUUAUAUAUAUAAAUAUUAUUUAA